AUAGAAAUAUGGAAGGAACAAAAAGAGACAACAUUGCAAGAAUUUCAUUUGUGGAUGGCAAGAAAUUGUCAGCCUCCGAGUGCAAUAAACAGGCCUUAAGUCAAACCUUUAGUGUCGACCUUGUAGAAGCGGCCCUGGCACAAAUAGAGUUUUUGUCUUCUGUAAACAAAUACCCGGCAUUAUCCUCUGUCAAACACAUCCAAAAUACCAGAAGAAGAUAUGAACAAUUGUGGCUUCCUCUAGCUGCUGAGCAUGCGCAGGAGCGUUUGACAGCACCUCUAGAUAUUGAAUGGCUUUGGCACUGUCAUUUAUUGUGUCCUGUUACUUAUGAGAAAGAUUGUGAGACAUUAUUUGGAGCCACCAUCAACCAUCGCUUGGUUCGUAACCAUGACAGAGAGUAUGUACUGAAGCGUUCAAAACAAUUAUGGAAUGAAAAGUAUAAGAACGAGCCUUUUGAAGUUGACCUAACUAUGGAGAAAAUGCUAGAUGCUUCCUCUGGGAUAGAGUUCAAAUCUAGUAUCUCUUACGAUUUAGAGGCAGCAAUAUCUCGUCAGAGUUGUUUUUAUUACAAUGUUUCUCUGCCUCACUAUCGCGACAGGAAAUUCCUAACAUUGUCUGUCCAGAGAUACCAGAAAUUUCUUUUCCUUCGCAAAAAUUCCUACAAACUCUUUAUUGUACCCUGUUACGAUCAGGAUUUGAUUUGGCACACACACCAGUUACAUCCCUUAGCCUACAAAGAUGAUACAACCCGCCUCUUGGGUAAAGUUUUAGUUCACGACGAUACCACCGUAGAUAGGUCCCCAGAUUCCAAGCUAACUUUAUCUACAAUCGACACAAGACGCCUGUGGCGAGAAAUGUAUCAAGAAGACUUUAAUACGCCAGGGGCCAUGUAUCGUGGUCCAUCACCAGAAGAACUAUACUCUCCUAUAUGUGCUGUAGAUGAUCGAACACAUUCCAGACUCGGACUACAAUUAAAAUUAGAGUCAAUAUCUAUUGAUAGAAUUCCAGAUGGCGAAUAUGGCCUCGAUUUCACUUUACAAAUAUUUUUAGCAGAAGAUCAAAAUAAAACUCGAAAACCAACAUUUGAACUUUUUGGACCAACCAUGGUAUGGACUGCGAAUGAACUUUUUUCAUGUAGCUUACAUUCCCAGCGAUGGCUAAUUUUCCAUCUUAAAGUACGAAAAGGUACUAUUUUCUCCCGUGAAGUAAUAGUAGGCAAAGGUAAAAUUGACCUACAUCUUUUGUUAGAUCGCUCAAGUGUUCAUUGCUUCCAAGAAGCAGUUUCUUUAGAGGGGGAGGAUAAAAACCUUGCCUACGUCUCUGGGUGCAUCACAGAACUUUACCCGGAUAUGUAUUACUCCUUCAAAACUGGAAAGCUCUCCGUGUGUGUUGUUCCUCACGAUAUAGACAGAGUGUUUCCGAUAGAAUCAACAAAACUAGAACCUAAAGAGUGCGGGGCUGGCUAUGUUGCCCAACACAGAUUUAUAAGCGAGAACGCUGUUGGCGAUAUUGAAUGUAGAUUCGUGUACAGCCCUCAUCGAUCCGAAGCGGACAUACAGUUCAUACAGAACGGAAAAAUUGUGUGCUCAGCAAAGACUGUGGACUCGAUCCAUUUACCGCUCUCAUACCAAGUCUCCAAUCCGAACUGGUACGCAACUUUGGAUCCACGACUCGGAGAGCGGGCUGUGUUGAUCAGAGAAACUUCAGGUGACUGGGCAGUGUUGACGGGACGAUGGAUCAGUUCACAAGACAAGAAAGAAGGCUAUCUUUCUGUGAAAUUACACAAGUUAGUUGAUAAAUCUAUCCAGUAUAUUAAUGUUCGAGUCCCUAAUUCUGAGGAGGAACAUUUUUGUAUCCACGUAGACAACAAUGUAUUUGACAUGGAAGGCUCCGACUUCUGCCUACGCUGUAGGUUUGACGAAUCAUUACAAUACUUAGCCACUGGCUUAUCAAUAUUCCUACUCCUUGUGCUUUGUAUGCCCAGACCAACAGACAAAACCAAGACGGAAGCGGAAGUAAAUGAGUUAAGUCACGUGGUUGGUUCGAAAUUCCUCGUCGGUUGUGGGUUCCACGUGAUCACGUCUUCAAACAAUUCCACGAAAGAAAAAUGAAAGGUGUAGGCGUUCACCAUAUCAAUAAAGCUACAUAGUAAUGUCAGCAGCUUUCAUUUUCACAAUUUGUUUUUGCCAUAUUAUGAAGAUCUGCACUCAUGCAUGUACACGUACUUAGAGGAUUGUUUGUUCAACCUUACGGAAACGUUUCAUAACCAGCCGAUGAAACCAGUUCUUAUUUUUAAAAAAAUGAAUAAAUUAGUGGUUGGUUUUA